AUGGCUGACGUUCAGACUUUAGCUGAGCUGACCAGCCGUCUCUUCUCCAAGCCACCGAGCCUGCAGAACUUGACAAUGGAGGGCUCUCCUCUGCUGAACUCGCUGGUGAGCGACCUGGAGGACGGGACGGUGCAGGAGCUACUGGCCGCCGAGAGAUGUACCACAGAAACUGACAAGAAAGAUUAUAAUGCCCUGGUGUCCACAGGGACCCUACUCCACCUCCUGGCAUUUGUAGGGAGGAACGACGCAGCCGAAUGGCUCCUCAAGAACGGAGCCUUCGUCUACUCACAGAACCACGCUGGCUCCACUCCUCUGCACGUGGCAGCUGCUCGGCAGCACGCCCACCUAACCAAAACCCUCCGUCAUUACCAUGCCGACCCGUACUGUGAGAACAAGGAGGGUAAGACGGCCCUGGAGCUGGGUCAGGACGGAGAUGACGUGAAGGAGGCUCUCCUCUCUCACCGCUUCACUGGCGAGGAGCUGGAAGACGAAUUCCUCCAGGACCGACUUCCUCCUCUCGUGGAGAGAGUCACUAGCCCCCGUAACCAUGACGACCUGGUCCAGGCUCUGUUCUGCCUGAGAGCCGAGAUCAGAACGGCGACGUCGUCCAUGACCUCUGUACCGAAGCCUCUCAAGAUCCUGCGAGACAAGUUUGAGCAACUCAAAGAAGCUUUCGACAAAAUGCCGGAGACACCAGCUCUGCCGCGGGCCCUCCUCUCAGACAUCCUGUCUGUGCUGGCCAUCACGGUGGAGGACAGCGAGAGACUCUGCCUCAAGUGUCGGCUGGCAGGCACGGGAGAGAGGAUCAGCUCCUUCGGACAUCCUUACAUCAGUCGUAUCUGCACGCAGAUCCCAGGGGAGUGGCAGAGCCUCAGCAGUGGGGCGGAGUCUCGCCUCCUCCCCCUGGUCCACUCCAUAGUGGUCUAUUGCCUCGACCACUCGUCAGAGUCCGAGGCCGUCGACCUGCUCAUGGAGAUAGACCACGUUCCUCUGGUGAAGGAUCUGGUGAAGGAAGACACCUACCAGCGAGUCUGUCUCUAUCUCACCAGUUGUGUGAAGUAUGUCCCGGAGCCAGAGGAUGGAGUUCUCCUCACCACGGCCCUGGAGAUAUACCGCCAGUUUGACCAGUACCCUCACGCCCUGCGACUGGCUCUCAUGCUGAACGACACACCUCUCACCAAACAGCUGUUCCUCAGCUGCCCCGACAGAUUGGUUCGGAAACAGCUGGCGUUCAUGUUGGGACGGCAACAGGUGUUUGUCAACAUCACCGUUCCCGUGGAUACGGAGGAUGGAGGGGGAGACGAGAUGGAGGAUGGGGAAACCCCUCCGUUUGAGGACGCUGACGACCUCAUUGAGAUCAUGGCCAACAUACACCUAAACAACAACUUCCUCGCCCUCGCCAGAGAGCUGGACAUAAUGGAGCCCAAGGUUCCUGAGGAUAUCUACAAGACCCACUUGGAACACGUCCGGUUCAGUACAGCCGGCCAGGUUGACUCCGCCCAGGGAAACCUCGCCUCCUCCUUCGUCAAUGGUUUCGUCAACUGUGGGUUUGGCGUCGACAAACUGCUCACCGAGGAUGGAAACAAGUGGAUCUACAAGAACAAGGGCGUAGGAAUGCUAAGUGCCACGGCCUCCCUAGGUCUUGUUCUACUGUGGGAUGUGGAGGGAGGACUCACCGAGAUUGACAAAUUCCUCUACUCCAGUGAUGAGUCAAUCAAGGCGGGUGCUCUGCUGGCGUGCGGCAUCGUCAACUGUGGAGUCAGUAAUGAGUGUGAUCCUGCCCUCGCCCUCCUCUCAGACUACAUCAAACACAAGUCCGUCAACCUCCGUCUUACUGCCACCAUGGGCCUCGGACUGGCCUACGCUGGGUCCGCCAGGGAGGAUGUCCUGGUAGCAGUGAGUCCUGGGAUGGACUCCGAAUUCUCACCCGACGUCGUCGGCCUCACCGCACUCUCCCUCGGACUCAUCGCUGUGGGAACAGGCCACGGGGAACUAACAGAGUCACUGGUGCAGAUCCUACAGGACCGGGAGGGUUCGGUGGCCACCAGUACGUGGAACAGGUUCCUGGCGCUGGGUCUUGCUCUGGUGUACCUGGGUCGGCAGGAGGGAGCAGGCGUUGCCAGGGAGGCACUGAAUGUGGUGGCCGAGCCUCUCAAAACCUUCGCCAUCACUCUCCUCGACAUCUGUGCCUACGCCGGGACGGGAAGUGUUCUGAAGAUUCAGGAACUGCUGCACAUCUGUUCAGAGAGCUUCAAACCAGAGGACGUGGAGGAGGGAGGGAGGGAGGGAGGAGAGGGGGAGGGAGCGGGGAAACCAGCUGACACAGACGGAAAGGCUGGCGGGAAGGCAAAGGAUGCCAAAGACAAGAAUGAUGGUGUGAGAGGUGAGCCAGGGUCACUGGCUGAGCCAGGCUGCCAUCAGGCCCUGGCUGUGCUCGGCAUAGCUCUCAUUGCCAUGGGAGAGGACAUUGGGGCUGAAAUGACUCACCGAAUAUACAGCCAACUGCUCCACUACGGAGAGCCAGCCAUCCGUCGAGCAGUCCCGCUGGCCCUCGCUCUCCUCUCGACCUCUCACCCCCAGCUCUCAAUCCUGGAUACCCUCCACAAGUUCUCUCAUGACAGUGACCCCACCGUUGCCAGGAAUGCCAUAUUCAGUAUGGGUCUGGUAGGCUCCGGGACAAACAAUGCUCGGCUGGCAGGGAUGCUGAGGAACUUGGCACAGUUCUACCACAAGGAACCCUCCGACCUCUUUAUGGUCCGACUGGCUCAGGGGCUGACUCAUUUGGGGAAGGGGACACUGACACUGAACCCCUACCAUUCUGAUCGCAUGCUUUUCUCCCCUGUCGCCGUGGCAGCACUCCUGAUCGUCAUGGUUACCAUGCUGGAUGCCAACAACAUCAUUCUAAAAGAUGCCCACUAUAUGCUGUUCUAUUUGACGCCCGCCAUCCAGCCACGUAUGUUGGUGACAUUUGACGAAGAGUUGAACUCUCUGCCAGUGACAGUACGAGUGGGACAGGCAGUGGAUGUGGUGGGUCAGGCAGGGAAGCCCAAGACCAUCACUGGGUUCCAGACCCACAAGACACCGGUUCUCUUGGCAUAUGGAGAGAGAGCCGAACUAGCCACUGAGGAAUACCUCCCCCUCACUCCCAUUCUGGAGGGCUUUGUUAUACUCCGCAAGAAUCCUGACUAUGAGGAAUAG